AUUCCUUCAAAGUGACAACAAAGCGAAACCGAUGGCGGACUAUGGAUAUGCAAGAUGCUAUGCAUUGUCCAUUUUCACCGCCUUCGACGAUGCAAAUCAAUGUUGGUAUGUUAGUCGCCGCCACCGCAGUGUCCGCCGUCAACGUUGUUGUCAAGGACAAGCGGUACUGCGAGCUGCUCUUCGUCCACACCCCCAUCAACGGCAGUACUGUUGCUGACGUGUACAACACUUUCGGACUCAACACCUGUCCUGCCCCCGUCUGGAAUUCCAUUACACCAGCCAACAUCAAGGACAACUCGACCAUCGCAGUGGUGCUCAAUGGCCCUCGGUACUGGCUCAUGGACGAAUUUGGACCGCUUUCAGCUCCCAUUGUCAGGGACCGAGUGCUAAAAUCCGUGCAAGGACUUAACUUAACGUUGCUGGGCCGCGUGCCGUUACCUUGGCCGCUCCUGAAUGGUGCUGAUGGACUUUACAAACCCAGCCAGGUCACUCGAAGCGCCGACUUCCGAUGGCGAGCGGGGUCCACCGCAUUUUACUUGACCAACAAAGCGACUGGCGACAUGUUCAUCAUGCAGUCAUACUCGCAGCAAGUCAACAGCAACGUCACCCUCGCAGCCCUGCCGAUGUUGGGCUCCAAAUUGCGUUUGCUCCCCCCGCAAUGGUCGUACGAUGCCGUCGUGCUGCAAAGUGAUGUGAAUGUGACAACCCCAAUAUUGGUCGGGGGUAAAGCUACGGUGGGGUUGGUGCUACAGGACGAACUGAGCAACUCAUACACUUUUGCGGGGGACUUGGAUCGGUACUUGGCAGACCAAAAGCCAUGCACGGAAGUGAGUGUUGCGGGAGAUGCCACGUAUUGCAUUGCUGAUCCUCGAGUUUGCAGCGGGUCGGGGCCUUCCCCUGUCGGCACGGCCUGUCCGUCGAAGGGGGACGUGGCGGUCAAGGACUGCUGGCCUCAUUUGCCCAGCUUCGUCAGUGUUAAUUGUGUCGCGCCUAGAGACGCUACAUGCCGCUUGUUGUCGUCCAACGCUUGGGGGUGCGCGUGAGCCUUAGUGUUUCGUGAUGGUAGUACUGUAAGCAUACAAAAUAUUCCUAGAUCGUUCCAAAUACUACGAAG